CCUUUCACCCCGACUCUUUAUAUGUUACUGUUCAGAGAAAAAUGUUUCAAUAUGUUUGAGUCUGGAUGAUCCUGGGGGAGGGGAGGAGGGAUAUUUAAGGAACAAUUAGAAAAGAGGGCGUAUGUUCUGUAAAUGACUGUUUACAAAAUACCUGGUGUUUUAUUUGUUGUGAUGCUAGAGUUGGGUUUGGAGUCUUGUAAAAAGUUUCUUGGAAUCCCGUUUUUAUAUAUUAAAAAUUUCGAGUUUGAAUUAGGUUACGGACGGGCCUGGAGCUCCACUCAGCGUCUCGACUUGGUUUAACUUGUUAAAAGCGGAGAGAAGUCAGCUCGCUGAAUGCCUUGUGAGAAGCUCGGUGGGUACCGGAGCCACAAAGCGCUACAGGUCUUUUAACCAACUUUAAAGGUGAGUGCGAGUUUUUAACCAUUAACAUAACCAAAUGCGACAGACAAAGGCAUGACAACAGAGGAAUCCCGAGUGAAGGGGUCGCUGGAAAAUGUGAGAAUAAGUAACAUAUUAAUUGAUCUGAUUUCCUUCCUCCGGCUGAAUCGAACGCAACAAAUCAAUCGAAAAGAAGCCGGGGACUGCAGACAGGGAGCUCACGGAGUAUGUGAAGGUAAAAAAAAAAGAAACAAAAAUGAAAAGAAUAAGAGGUAGGAAAGAAAAGAGAAGCCAAGAGGCCCGGAAAAAUGAGUGAAAACAUGGCAAUGAGAUGGAUAGAUGUUACUCUGUUGCACAUAAACUAGGAAUGGGGAAACCUGAGAAAAAGUGAUAAACAUGAUGGCUGGAAAAUAGAAAGAAGGAAAUGGGCAGUGAGUAGAUCCGGACAGAUUAUAGUUAGUUAGAUAAACGGCCGAAGGAACAGCGCUGGACAGUUCGGGAGCAGCAUCAUUUGCAGGAGUGCUUGUGUGUCUGCUGCGGAUUAAGAGAAAGUAGUUUUCUAUUUGAAUGAGUUUCGGUGCAUUUUAUACCCGCGGUGUGCGGUUGGACACCUCCAAACCUCCGACAGGAAAUCUAGAGAGAUCUGGGUGAAAGGGGCACUGGCUAAACCCAACUUCUGUGCACACUCUCAAAUGUGGGACUUCUUUCAGGACGUGGAAGCAAACGGAACACGACUCGGGGCAGCUUGGAGGAAAAUGUUUCAGACUGUCCCAGACACCUCGUCUUACGUAAAGGAGGCCCUGUCCGUUGUGAGCGACGACCAGUCUCUGUUUGACACCACGUACGUCGCUGCACAGCUUCCCAAAACGGAUAUGACGGCUUCAGCUGCCGCCGACUAUGGACAAACGCACAAAAUUAACCCAUUGCCUCAACAAGAUUGGAUCAAUCAACCUGUCAGGGCAAAUAUUAAGAGAGAAUAUGACAACAUUAACGGCUCCAGGGAUUCACCUGUGGACUGCAGCAUUGCGAAGUGCAAUAAGCUGGUCAGCGGCACUGACACCAAUUCCAUGACUUACAGCAGUUACAUAGACGAGAAGGAUGGCCUCCCUCCGCCCAACAUUACUACCAACGAGAGGAGAGUGAUCGUUCCCGCAGAUCCCACUCUUUGGAGUCCGGAGCAUGUCAGGCAGUGGCUGGAUUGGGCCAUCAAGGAGUAUGGGCUGCUGGAGGUUGAUACGAGCCUCUUUCACAACACGGACGGCAAGGAACUGUGCAAAAUGAACAAGGAGGACUUUCUCCGCCUGACCUCUCUCUACAACGCCGAGGUCCUGCUCUCACAUCUCAAUUACCUCAGGGAAAGUAGUUCUCCUUUAAGCUACUCCACGUCAUCUCAUUCUGACCAGUCAACACGUCUCCCAGCCAAAGAAGAUCCAUUGUAUGAUACUGUCAGGAGAUCCGGUUGGGGUAAUAAUAUGAACAAUGUGACAAAAGCUUCCCCUGGAGCAACGCAGAGUGUGAAUAAAAGUACAGAACAGCCACGACCCCAACCAGAUCCUUAUCAAAUUCUAGGACCCACCAGCAGCCGGUUAGCCAAUCCAGGAAGUGGGCAAAUCCAGCUUUGGCAGUUUCUCCUGGAGCUGCUGUCUGACAGCUCUAAUGCCAGCUGCAUCACCUGGGAAGGAACCAAUGGUGAGUUUAAAAUGACAGAUCCGGAUGAAGUGGCUCGACGGUGGGGAGAGCGGAAAAGCAAACCCAACAUGAACUACGACAAGCUGAGCAGAGCUCUGCGUUACUAUUACGACAAAAACAUCAUGACCAAGGUUCAUGGAAAACGCUAUGCAUACAAAUUUGACUUUCAUGGCAUUGCACAAGCUCUCCAGCCACAUCCAACGGAGUCCUCUAUGUAUAAGUAUCCCUCUGAUCUUACCUACAUGCCUUCUUAUCACGCGCAUCAGCAGAAGAUGAACUUUGUAUCUCCUCACCCAACCUCUAUGCCAGUCACAUCCUCUAGCUUUUUUGGACCAACCUCACCAUACUGGAGUUCUCCUACAGCAGGCAUUUACCCAAAUCCAAACGUACCCCGUCAUCCUAACACGCAUGUUCCCUCUCAUUUGGGCAGCUAUUACUAACAACGGCCCCUGGUUUUUCUGCUUUGCAACCUACAUAGAUCCAUGUCCAAAUUUGGAACUUUAGGGACUCAGGAACUUUACGGCUGUGGAACAUUAAUGGAUGCCAGGCCUGUUGCUAAACUGGAUUUCCAUCUAUUCCUGCAUCAUUGUCUAGUGAAGAGCUUGUUGCUAUCUCAAAAAGUCUCCAAUUAUUAAUAUGUUGUCUGAAAGUGGACAUUGAAACUUGUGAAACUUAUACAUGUUUGUGAGCAUUAAACCAUUCUGGUCAACAAUAAAUCAUCCUCCAAGAUACAAGAACAACCUUGGACAUUUGCACCAAAUAAUUCUAGCCAACAGUUGACAAGUCAGAGAUGUUUCUUCAAUCAAUUAACAACGCUGGAUUAUUUACCAGUUCUAGAAUGAAACCGCAGUCUUUAAUAACCAAGGAUCUGCCAACAUAUUCCUCGUUGGAUGAUCAGCUCAUAUACUUGCCAGUUGCAGGGACUGUUGGAUCUGGAUAUUCCACAGCUCUUCAUUUCACUGAUGAAGCUUUGUUCUAGUAACGACUUCUGUUGAAUGGAGACACUUUUUCAGUGGAAUGAAUAGCAAGUGAUGCAUUUGUGGGGACCUCAGACAUGCAGGACAAUUCUAACAAGGGAAGAAUAUUGCUACAGAGAGUUCUGUUUUGUCCUUAGGAAUAUGAAAGCAAAUUAGAUUACACAGGAUACACAAACGCUGUGCGUUUGUAAGAAUUCAAUAUUGGAUCAACCAUGCAUCCUCAUAUAAAGCAAAUUACUGUAUAAAUUAUGCAGAUGAUGACAAUUCCUUUAUGUUACAGUAUUACACGAGUUGACCUCGGUCACAGAUGCAGUUUUACUAUCAAGUUCAUUUUGAUUAAAUGUAAUCAUUUUGUAGCCUGUAGAUCUUUAUAUCUGUACAUAUGGGCUCUGCCUUUUUACUGAGUAAAGGGACACAUAGAAUAGAAAUUGUUGAAAGAAGUUUAUUCUUAUAAGGUGUUGCUAAUGACAGAAGCACUGAUAUAGCUAUUUUCUAUAACUUGUGAAUAGCUGGAAGCAAUGUAUUCCUUAGUUCUUAGUGCUGUUGAACUCUUUAUGUAGCAUUUUAAAUAAUCACUGACACUAUCUUCCCAUUAAAAUGGGGCAUCACCUAUUAUAUAUGCAAUUAGUUCUUAAUUAUAUACCUUUGCAAAUAAUCCUUUGCAGCAUAUUGUAUUAAGCCAAACACUUACACAAGGGCAAGUUAUGAUGUAAGAUCAAGUGCCACGAACCAUUGCCUUAGACAGAUGGUUGUUAUUACACACAUGUAUUUCAAUGUGAAGAGAACUGUGUACUAUUGAUGCAGCAGCAUGUAUGACAGUUUCAUACACUAUGCAAAUUAUUCAAUAAACAAUGGCAUCAGGGAGUGCCUUAACAAAUCCCUAU